CAGAUGCCCAGCGGUAGGCUAGUAGCCGACGGUUUAAAGGACCGAGGAUUUAAAUUAAAUACUGUGUGAAGCAACCGCUGAUCCUUCGUGGGAGGGGGUAGACUGCUUGGUAUCCUUACCAGCCUGCGAGGGGGAGGAGGCGCAGAGAAUGAGCUAUUCUUGUACCAGCAGAGAGGCUGCAUGUAAUAGCCAGGACGCAUCCAGCGCCAGUGUUUCGUUAAACGGCCGUAGUAGUUGCAGCGCAAGUGGAGGUAUCGAAAGCAAAGUCACCAUCACCAAAGGUCCGUCGCAAUCGGACACCAAGUCGCCAGUGGCAAUGAAAGUGAAGACGGGGAGCAACGCGGCAGACGCGGGGGUCCCGGUUACAACAGAGGAGGAACUGGUUAAAAACAGUGUCAUAACACCGGAGGAUGUAUUGGGAUUACAGAACAUCACAUCGAACUAUCUGUGUGGACACGAAAACAAUGUACACAACAUUGACUUCACGCGGUUCAAGAUCCGAGACAUGGAGACGGGAACAGUGCUCUUCGAGAUCACAAAACCUCCUGCCCCAGGUGAGAGUGCCAGGAACAAGAAGGAGCUAGACCCCAGCGCAGGACGCUUUGUACGCUACCAGUUCACACCCGCCUUCCUCAGGCUACGGCAGAUUGGCGCUACAGUGGAGUUCACUGUGGGCGACAUUCCCAUCAACAACUUCCGCAUGAUCGAGAGGCAUUACUUCCGCGGGCAGUUGCUCAAGAGCUUCGACUUCGAGUUCGGCUUCUGCAUCCCCAGCAGCAAGAACACCUGUGAGCACAUCUACGAGCUGCCACCACUCUCAGACGACAUCAUCCAACUGAUGAUCCAGCACCCGUACGAGACGCAGUCCGACAGCUUCUACUUCGUGGACAACCAGCUGGUGAUGCACAACAAGGCAGACUACUCCUACAAUGGCGGCGUCUAGGGGGGCGGCACCGCCGGGUCCUACAAUGGCGGAGGUCUAGGGGGGCAGCACCACUUUUUCCUAAAUGGCGGAGGUGUAGGGCAGCACCUCUGCUUGGCCCUUCGAUCGUUUCUUUGCUCUCUUACUCCUUCACUCGAGUCGCUGUGCCACCGGUGCUGCGAGGGGACGGACAGAGGAAGUGAAAAGGAAGAGCCACAGCAAGUGGCACCUGCUCUGGAUGAAUUCUACACAUUUGCUACGUUUACAUAAGACAUUUAAUUUGGAAUUAACUCACUUAAAUUCUGAAUAAAGCUUAAUUCCAUGUUGAAAACGUAAUGUAAACACCUCACAAUUCCGAAUUAAAUGAAAGAUCAAAGAAAGCUCGAGGGAACUAUUUAAUUCAGAAUUAUUAAUUCGGAAUGAUAAACGUCAUGUAAACGUAGUGAAUGACAAAAUGGCCUCUCUAAACCCCAGACCACUGUAGCCAUAUACAGUACAUGUACGUACACAGUACAUUGGGCAGUGUUAUUUGCAACAGCACUUAUAGAGUCAACAUGAACCCUCUUUUCAUUGGGCAGUACUCUGUACGUGUUGAUUAACACAGCACACUUUACUGUGUACUCUGUAAAACAUUGCAGCUAGUUAAACGUAAAAAAGUAAGUUGCCCUGCAGCCUUGAGUUUGUGCGUUAACUCAACUUAUUAUAUGGUGUGACGUCAUCGGUCGAAUGCUCCAUUCAUUUCAACGGGGCUCCCCAACGUUCGCACGUCUGUUAUUUUUCGAUAACGGACGGGUUGGUCUAUAACAGACCGCUGUCAAUGGCAACAAGACUUUUCACUGCUAAAGCGACUUUUCAACAAGACUCUAAUCAGCUGCUGUGAUAGACAACACCUGUUGUCCUGUCUGUUGCCUAGCGGUGUUCCCCAACGGCACUGUUUUGUUUUGCGCAGCAACAAUCUUAACAUUAAAUAGGCCUAAAGAAAUGUCCCCGCCAUGUGUGAGUCA